AUGAUUUUGAAAUCAAUUACGAGAACAAUGACACAAUCAUAUAGGGCUGCAAAGAGAACCAAGAAAAGCAAUUACAAUGGCUCGAACAAUGGAAACAAUGAUAAAUCUUCAAUUGCCAUGGAUAAGUUAUUGAACGCUGAGCUGUCGGAGGAGCAGACAAUGUUGAAAGAGAAGGUUAUGAGUUUUAUUAGAACAAAUAUAAUGAAUUAUGAUGCUCAAGAGAAACCUCCCAAAUGUGCUAUGUUUGUAAUUGAGGGUGAUGCAGGAACAGGUAAAUCUCUGAUAUUGAACUCUCUCUUCAAUGAGAUCCAAAAGAUAUCUAAUGAAAAAGCAUUCGAGAAAGAUCCCUUAUAUGGUAGAGAUAACUACUUAGUUGUUAACCAUCCUGAAAUGUUAAAGCUAUAUGUUAGAAUGAGUAAAUCGUUUAAAUAUAUUAGUAGGAGAUCUUUAGAAAGACCAACUUCCUUAGUGAAUACUUUAACAAAGAAUAACUCAAUUGCUGAUGUGGUUAUUGUUGAUGAAGCACAUUUAUUAGCAACUUCAAAAGAUGCUUUUAAGAGAUUCUAUGGUGAAAACCAUUUGAAAGACUUGAUGUCAUUAAGUAAGGUUCUAUUAUUAGUGUAUGAUGAUAAACAAGCCCUAAGAAUGGGUUCAUAUUGGGAUGAAAACCAAAAAAAUGGAGCAAGUUUAAAAAGCUACUAUAAUACUGUCCAUAAUGAUAAAAAAGAUUGGUAUAGACUUAAAAAACAAUUUCGAGUUUGUGCUCCAAAUGAUGUUUUGAAAUGGAUCAAUGAUAUAAGUGUUGCUGGAAAAAUUCCAAAAUUCCCUUCUUCAGCAAAAGAAAAUUCAAAGUCUGAUUUUGACUUCAAAAUUUGGGAUGACUGUGGUGCCAUGUAUGAAGCAUUGAAGAUCAAAGAUCAAGAAUUAGGCCAGUGCAGACUAUUAGCUACAUAUGAUUUCCCCUACAGACUAGAUGGGAAUGAUUAUUUUGUUACAUGCGGUGAUAACUUCAAAGUUCGUUGGGAUCGUUACACCCCUCGUGAAGUGACUCCAUGGAGUGAAAGGAAAGACACUAUCAACGAAGUUGGUUCUGUAUAUACAAUUCAAGGAUUCGACCUGAAUUAUGCCGGUGUGAUAUUAGGUAGAUCUGUUAGAUACGACAAGGUUAAUGAUGCUAUAGCAUUGGAACCCAAACUCUAUGAUGAUCAUGCUGGUUUUACUAAGAAGCCAAAUAUUCAUGAUAUAGAUGAUGUUAAGCGAAAAAUUAUUAUGAAUAGUAUGAAUGUUCUUUUAACAAGAGGUAUUCAUGGAUUAUAUGUAUAUGCAUGGGAUCCUGAACUAAGAGAACGCCUAAAAGCAACACAGUGUGAAUAA